UGGCUCCUGAGCAGCAGAAUCAGUCUCCUACAUAAGAGAUAGUAAAACUUUAUUUUUUAUUUUGAUAUAUAUAUAUAUACAAAAGCAGAUGCAAAAGCAUAUUUCAGCCAUCAUCAUUACCACCAUCAAUGCUGCAAACCCCACUCAAACUCCAAACUAUUCCCUCUCUCUCUCUCACUCCUCUCUCAAUCUCUCCUCCUUCCACCUCUUCACCACUCUCUUUAUCUCUCCAGAUAUAUUUGUAUUUAUAUAUGUGAUGGAUGGCACAAAGUCCUUUCUUUUCAAAGAGUAAUGAUGCUUGUUUGGAUGAACAUGGUUUAUCCACUGUCUCUCUCUGUUUCAAAACCAAACUAAGAAGCUGAUAAGAGAGAAAGGAACACAUAUUGCUAACAAUGGCCAGAAACAGAGUAGCCUUCACACUCUUUCACAUAGCUGCUCUCCUCCUCUCUUCAGGUUCAAGUUCCAAAGAAUCAGUGAGAAUUUCCAGUAGGCAGAUGGAUAUAACAACCCCAAUCACAACAGUUCCAACAGCUAACAACCCUUUAACAACAACAACAACAACAACUCCGAUGCUAAAUCCAACUGAUUCAAAUUCUGAUCAAAACCCCACCAUCAUGAACCCUGCCAAUCCACAAAUGACCCCUUUGUCCACAAGCUCACCCAGCCCUUUGAGCGGGAGCUGGUGCAUAGCCAGCUCCUCCGUCUCCCAACCCGCGUUGCAGCUCGCCCUCGACUACGCCUGCGGCCACGGUGGGGCCGACUGCUCCCCCAUCCAGCAGGGCGGGGCAUGCUACAGCCCCAACACCCUUCGCCACCACGCCUCCUUCGCCUUCAACGCCUACUAUCAGAGGAAUCCCAUCCCCACUAGCUGCAACUUUGGCGGCGCCGCCGUCACCACCAGCUCCGAUCCCAGUUAUGAUACAUGCCAAUAUCCAUCAACCAGCACAAGUUCAUCUCUGUUGAACAUAACUAACUCGAGCGGAUCGAGAGUUUUUGGAGCCGGUCGACCCAUCACUCCGGCUACUUCGGCAGCUGCUAGGCAAAGCUGCAUCCCUUGCCUUCACUGCAUAUUAGCAUACUUGAUUAAUAUCUUAGCUUUGUUAUGAAUUAUGAUAGAAUUGAUUGAAUAUUUGAGAUAUAUAUGGGAGUCUUUUUGUAUGAAUGUAGAGAUGCUUGAUGUCAAUUGGUGCUCAUGUUUUUUUGAAUCAUUUGCCAAUUAAGAUGAUAUCUUUGUAGUGAACACUUUAUUUGUGUAAAUGAAAAAGUAUUAGAGUUGGUGUUUUUUGUAUCA